CCAAAUUCACCCUGCAUGCUUAUUGGUAUUCUAGUUAUGUAUUAAAAAGUGGUAAAUGUGUUAUGGGGUUUUAUAGGCCAUGUGAAUGGUAUGUACUUUGACCUGUACAGUAGCUCAUGCCCUUGUCAUGAGGAAGUGUCACCUGUCCGAACAGAACAAUUCUCAGCCUCUUUUUCUUUUAAAGAAAUUCAAAAGGGGGGUAUGGGCGCAUAAUUAAAAGGUGAAUAGCCUUUUUAAUCAAUGAUUAUCAACGACAGUGAAAGUGAAGUGGGUUUUGAAGCAUGCCAGUGCUGGAGCACUAAUAUCCGAUUAAUCGGACCUGAAAGAUGAAUCAUCAUGAAGGGAGACAGAAAGACGUCUCUGUUUGUCCGUACUGCGAUCUCCGGCCAGUUUCUUGUGAUACUCAGCAUCUUUCCUCUUCAGCUGGUCACCGCCUUCGCAGAGCCUGCCAUAGAGCAGUUUUGUAGAGACCCGGGUGUUCCCGAGCAUGGAAACAGAACACCAAGUUCUGGUGUGUUCUUUGCGAACGCUGUGGCCAGAUUUUCUUGUUUAGAGGGAUACAGACUAAAAGGAGCAUCAAAGAUCACCUGCGUUUUAUUCCAGAACGGAUCAUUAGGAUGGAGACCAAGCCUUAAACCAGUGUGCCUUCCAGACGAAUGUCUUCCUCCAUAUAUUGAGGAUGCUGAUGUUGCUAAUAAGACCUACAGGCCAGGGGAUAACCUUAUUAUUAGAUGUCAUGAGGGAUUUCAGAUCCGCUAUCCUGACACAGACAGCAUGGAAUCAGUUUGCCAAGAGGAUGGAACGUGGGACAAUCAGCCCAUCUGUCAAGGCUGCCUGCGCCCUUUGAUUCCUCCUCAUAGUUAUUUGAACAUCUCUGAGACACAGUUCUCCAUGCCCAUCGGAACAAUCGUAUACUACCAGUGUUUUCCAGGUUAUAAGCUGGAGGGUGCAGAAUUACUGGAAUGCAUGUAUAGCCUCAUAUGGUCGGAUGUGCCACCCCGGUGCCUUGACGUUGAAGCAUGUCCCUUACCUCCAAUGGUGGAGCAUGGAGAUUACAUAUGCCAUCCGCAGCCAUGUAACCGCUAUAUCCAUGGGACUGUAGUGGAGUUCUACUGUGAUCCUGGCUAUUCUCUAGUGAAUGACUACAAAUACAUCACCUGUCAAUAUGGGCGGUGGUUUCCUCAGAUGCACAUCUACUGUGUUCGAGAUGAGACCACAUGGCCUGGCUUUCAGGAAUCUUUACUGCAUGCAUGGAAACCAGUGGCAUUCACUACCUCAAGUGUGUUGUUAGCCCUGUUUCUAGUCAUCAUUGCAAAGAUGUCCCACUGCAAAUGCAAGAGCAGUCGGAAUUCAAGUGAAGAACGAGAGGAUGCCAGGGGUCCAAACAUCAUAAUAGUGGAUGGAGUUGCCAUACCUCUACCUUCCUACGAGGAGGCAGUCAGUGGUUCAUGCUACCAGCCCCCACGUGUGCUUCCCUCUGCUGGUCCGGGAUCCACACAGACCUCAGAAGAGCAGGACCCUCCUUCAUAUCCAGGGCCCACAGAAAGUCAGAAUGAUGCUCCAUUGGACACUGGAGAUGCUGACACAUGUGACAGUAUCUCAGAGCCAUCAGAGUGUCUACAAGCUAUGCAUCCAUCUUCUUCACAUGAUGUUGGGUUGAGCAAUGUAUCUGAGAAAACCAAUGUGAUCACCUCCAUGGAAGAAACUGCUUCUACGAGUCCCAGCAUAGAUAUUGCUGAUGAAAUUCCUCUUAUGGACGGUGGUGAAGAGGACUUCUGAUACUGUGGACAUCCACUGUACAAUUUUGGAUUUUCUCACUGCUGUAUUUAAAUGUUUCAGCACUCCACAUUGGUUUAACAUAGGCCCAUUCAUCUCUCUUACAGAUGGGCUGUUAUUAUAGCCAACAUUCAACACAUUAACAAGGCAAUAAAGGCAAUAAUAACAUCAUAUGUUUAGUUCCUCAUGCUUGGAUCAUGGGGAAAAACUAUGCAUUUGUAGUUAAACCAGUUUGUUUCAGUAAGAAUUUCACAUUGUUGGUCAAAUACGGCAGUUACCAAAGGAGAAAAAUUCACAUUUUACAUCUAGGGAUUAAAAUCGAAUUCUGCAUUUAAUCAGUCAACUGUGUCUGGCUAGUCUUCACAUGCUACAUAACAAGAGACCAUGAAAUAUACUGCUUUGAGGUAAAUUAAAAAUCUGUAAAUUCUAUUUCAGAGAUGACUGAGGAUACAUUUUAAUUACAUUUAAAUCAUAUUUAAAUUACAUUAUUUGACAAAUGUGUUCAAAACAGAAGAUUUCAUUAAUGUGUCUGCUGCUUACAAGUACAAAAAGUAUAAAAAUUAAACCCAACCUUUCUUAAAUCAUUUUGUAAUUUGUUUUAUUUGUGUAAGCAAGACCACAGUACAUUCGGUUCUACCAAAGUCUUCCUGACUUUAAUAAAUAAUAGCUGGUUCUACUGGCACCAUUCUGUGUUUCCUUUUUUCAAAAAAACACAAAUGACUUAUGUUUCUUUUUUUUCUCUACACAGAUUGUAUUGUUAUUGCUCUCUCGUGUUCAUGAGUCUCGGAGAACAGUAGCGUUUAUGAACGGAAAUAUACCCAAUUAGCACAUAUUCUAAUUAACAUGUUUCUUCACAUUUUAGGUGAGAAUAGAGUCAAUGAUCAUUAAUCCUGCUACUAUGAAAGUGCAGCCAUGAUCGUUUUCUAACUGGUAGAAUCGUGGCACUGAUGAUUUAAAAAAAAAUUCUAAGUAUAAGCCACCCAAGUAUAGGCCCCUAGAAUUU